CGUACUGGUGGUCCACGAGCUCGCGGCACCGCACUUGCCUUGCCAGCAGUGGCUCAGCCGGAUCCGUGUGCCGGAUGUCCCAGCAACGAUGGACUUUCUGCUAUAAAAGAUCUUAUACUUGGCGCAGUAGAUCUUCGAAAACUGGCCGACCUUCUUUUGACGAUACAGAUUCUAAAUACUUAUGCUACCAACUUCGACUACACAGUGGAUCUGAAUGGCGAAUUUAGUCCAGGUGGAAUGGGUGGUACGCCAUUCGGACCGUACCCUAUGUCAUUCCCGGUUACUAGUCCAAAGAUGAUGGACAUUUUAAUAAGCGACUUUACAAUUAAUUCCCUCUUAUAUCAUAUGCACAAGAGAGGAUUUUUGACAUUUUUUAUAAAUUCGGAUACUCCAAAAAUUGGCCCCUUGAUGAAAACUACUUGUGGCGGUGAUGAGAGCGAUGAAGACUUAUCGUCAGUCGAGACUGACACAGAAGAAGAAAAACAGAGGAAGCGCCUCAAACGCUUGAAACGUUUGUUGAAACGACACCGACGUCAAUCUGAAAAGGGUGAUGAACUUGGACUUAACGACUUGGGCAUCUGUCUUGGUGAUAUCAUGCCCGAAGUAAGAGAAAAGUGGCCUAAUAAAACUGUUUCAUUGUUUAUUCAUACGGCUCGAGCACCGUCAAUAAUACUCAGUGGACAAGGAGGAGGGAUGAUAACGAUAGACAUUGUUGUGCUGAUCGACAUUCUCAUAGACGGUACAGAAGAUAGAGCUGGCACUUUAAUGGUAACGUUAGUAAUUGAUAUUGGUGUUCGGUUUAUUGGCCGAAAAAUUAGUGCUUUGAUGUCACUUCGUGUAGCAAAAUUAGAAGACAAGGAGGGUACUUUGGGUUUACCGCAAGAUGCUUUAGACAAUAUAUCAAAUAUGGCCAAGGAGAUGAUGAUCAAGGUAACCAAUAGUAUUAAUGAGCAGUUCGCUCAAGCAACCACCAUUUCAAUACCGAUGUCCAAUUUGCCAAUUCAGUUAGAAGACCCGUAUAUUCAAAUUGUCGAUCAUGGCAUUCUGAUAUCUUCAGAUUUCCAGCUUUCUCCCUCACUUCUCGGUGGAAUGUUCAGGAGGAGGUAA